AUGUCGUUGACUCAUUUACCAUCACUUCAGCACCAUCAACUUCCUCUUUUACCUUCCUUACGAACAUCGCAUCAUUCGCUUCAAAGACAGCAAACACCACGGAUGACAAUACCCGUCACUAUCUCCGAUCCAGUUGAUCUGACCUUAACUGGUCCAUUACGACGUGGAAAAUGGACACGAGCAGAAGAAGAUUAUGCGGCAGCUACAAUCUCGUACUUUUGUGAUGGGGUUCUAGCCAUUCAAUAUGGAACAACCUUACGUGGCUACUUAGCACAACAACUUCAUUGUGAUCCAAUGCGAAUUUCGAAAAAGUUACUACCUGGUUCAGUCUUUGCUGGAAUUAAAAUCAAUCCAAAGAUUGGACGACGAGCUUACUAUCCACGUGCUCAAGAUUCACUUGCUGCAGCACAUUUUAAAGAAACUGCUGCACACCAUCUUCGAACUCUUCGUCAUGCUUUUUUACAAAGUAUUGAAGAUGAAGAACAUGUGAUUGAAAGUCAAGGGUUACGAGAUCAGACGAUCAAGAUGCAUCAAAGUCCCAAACCUUUGACUUCUAGUGAUCGGAAACGUAGUUACGAUGACAUUAAUAGUGUCGUACGUACACAACAACAACCACAAACAUACGAAGACGCUCGAUCGACUUUUUACGGCUUUCAAAACCAGGUCCAAUCAGCACUUUUCACUCCACGAUUGACUGGAGUAACAAACGAGACUUUAACGUCAGCGAUCUCACCAGUCAUGUGCAAACUUCCAAAGCUUACAAUAUCCGACAAUGUCUCGUAUCGUGCAUCUUAUUAUACUCAACAACGAAGUGUCUCUCCUGUGACAGUAGCAACAUCGACUGCAGUACUUCCACCGCUGCAUAUUUCACUCGUACGAGCUUCUAUGUGUUAG